AUGGCGGAGGUGCCGGGGGGGCCGGGGCCGGUGCUGCUGCCCACGGCGGUGCCGUCGCUGCCCGGCGUCGCCCGCAACCUGUCCGUGCACAUUACGCGCAUCCUCAACUCCAGCCAGGUGAACCCGCACAUCUUCGACCAGUACAGUCGCAACCGCAAGCUAGACGACUCGGCCGCCUUCUACGGCCUCAUCGCCGCCUAUUCUCUGCUCAUCCUGAUCGGCGCCGCGGGCAACUCGCUGGUGGUGUGCGCGGUGGCGCGGAAGCCCGCCAUGCGCACGGCGCGCAACAUGUUCAUCGUAAACCUCGCCGUCUCCGACCUGCUGCUCUGCCUCAUCACCAUGCCGCUCACUCUGAUGGAGAUCCUGACCAAGUACUGGCCGCUCGGCAAGCAGGUGUUCAUCUGCAAGAUGCUCGGCGCUUUGCAGGCGACUAGCAUUUUCGUUUCCACCAUCUCCAUCACCGCCAUAGCGCUCGAUCGCUACCAGGUGAUUGUGUACCCUACGAGGGAGAGCCUCCAGAAAGUGGGCGCCAUCGUCAUCUUGGGCUGCAUCUGGCUGGUGUCACUCGUGCUCGCGUCGCCCAUGUUCAUCUGGAGGGCGCUCAAGAACCACGACAUCAACCUGCCCGACCUGCCGUACAUCUCGUACUGCCUUGAGGACUGGCCCGUGGAACACGGCCGCCUUUACUACUCCAUCUUCUCCCUCAUCGUCCAGUACCUGCUUCCCAUAAUCACAGUCACAGUAGCCUACUCGAGGAUAUGCCACAAGCUGCGGUACCGCUACGUCAAUUCGUCCAUCGCCAACGGUAAGAGCGGCAGCGGCGACGCUAAGGCUUCCUGCUCCACGCACACGUCCGUCAGGCGCAAGCCCAAAGACGACCGGCGGAUGAAGCGCACCAACUCGCUGCUCUACUCGAUCGCGCUCAUUUUCUGCAUCAGCUGGCUACCGCUCAACAUCUUCAACCUGGUGAUGGACCUGUGGAACCCGCCGGUGCACGACGAGCAGACGAUGAUCAUUUGCUACGCGGUGUGCCACAUGAUGGGCAUGUCGUCGGCGUGCUCCAACCCACUGUUGUACGGUUGGCUCAACGAUAACUUCCGCAAGGAGUUCCACGAGAUCGCCGCCGCCGUCUGCCCCUGCGUCAAGAUGGAGGUGGUGCGCGAGCGCCUCGGCUCGCUGCGCUCCAGUAUGACGCGCCGCCGCCAUCGUCGCCAGGACGACGCAGACUCCAGACCUGCCACCGGCGUCGUGGCCGGCUCCACUGGCCGCACCUCCAGUCACCGGAGCGAAGGUAAGGUCGAGAGCGUACGUACAAAGCAAUAA